ACGAACUGACCAACAAGGAAAAAAUGCACAAAACGAGUCGCUCUUUCUUGUUUCUACUGCUUGUUCUCUUCCUCCUCCAUAGCCUAUCUAAAAUCCAGGGACUGCCCCAGCAGAAUAGCAUCAGUCCCAUCGAUCUAUCCGCACUGCAGCAAAUCGAGAACAGCCUAACCGACGUUCCCUCCUCCCGAGCUCCUCCGUCGGCAAGAUUCUUCACCAGCUGGGACUUUUCCUCUCACGAUCCUUGCUCGACCUUCGCCGGCAUCACCUGCUCAUCACCAUUCUUGAAUCCCAGACGGUUGACUUCACUCAUUCUCGGCACCGGCCUAUCGGGUUCCCUCGGACUCGCCGGCUCCCUUUCUCCGUCCAUUUCCAAUCUCACCGAGCUCAACCAGCUAGUCCUGAACCCCGGCAUUGUCACCGGUCCAAUACCAGCCCAGCUCGGAAGCCUCAGAAACCUCAGAGUCAUCUCCCUCACUAACAAUCGCUUAACGGGCUCUAUACCACUUUCCAUUUAUGCCUUACCCAAUCUACACACUCUUGAUCUCAGCAACAACCAGCUCUGGGGAUCAAUCCCGCCGGGCAUAUCCCAUUUGGAUCAGCUCAAAGUUUUGGUCCUCGCCUCCAACAGGCUCUCCGGCGAGAUCCCAAAUGAACUACCGACACAAUUGCUCCAUCUGGACUUGAAAAAUAAUUUCUUCUCGGGGACUUUGCCCGCUAGAAUGCCGUUGUCCAUCCGUUACCUGUCGGCAUCUGGGAAUAGCAUGUGGGGCCCACUCAACAGGCUAGAAUCACUCUCAGAGUUAGUGUACCUCGACAUAAGCAUGAACCGGUUCAGUGGGACCAUCCCUCCCUCACUCUUUCGCUCCUCCCUCUUAUCAAUGCUCCUCCAACGGAACAAUUUGUCAGGUGGGGUCCCACAACAGAAAAAUACUACCACCCCAUUAUCAUCGUCAUCUUCAUCAUCUUCUUCGUUAAAGCUGGAUUUUUAUGGGGAGGGGUCCAUUGUGGAUCUCAGUCACAACAUGCUCACGGGUGAACUUCCGGCAGGGGCUUUUUCAGGGGUGGAGACUCUAUUCCUGAAUAACAAUAGAUUCACCGGAAAAGUCCCCAAAGAGUACGUGGAAAGCCUGUAUAGUGGUGGUACCAAAACGCUUUAUUUGCAGCAUAAUUACUUGACAGACUUUCCCAUCAUAUCGGACUUGAAAUUGCCGGAUUCAGUCUCCGUGUGCUUGUCCUAUAAUUGCAUGGUACCACCCGUGGGGCUGACGGCGUGCCCGGCUAGUGCUGGUGAGCAGCUUUCAAGGCCUGCUUAUCAAUGCUCCAAGUUCAACAAUGGUGGCUCCACGGGAUAGGCAUGCCGAUCACCAAGUGGGACUAUAAUAGCUGCAUGGUCCGAUGGCUGUUGCAUAUACAGUUAUACAUUUUUUGUUCUUUUCUUUUCUUUUUUUUUUUGCGUUUUUGUUUCUUUAUUUAUUUUUUAAAAAUUUUAGGCAGUUUGGUUUUUUUUUUUUUUUGGGUAACUUUUUAGAUAUACUGCUAUAUUAUAGUGAGGGUUUACAUGCAUAUGACUGUUAUAGUGGAAGGCAUAUGACUGUUAUGCAUUGUUUACUAAUGGCUAUGCUUAUUUUGCUAAGAUUCGUUGUAUUUUUAUUUUAGUGGCAGA